AUGAAUCGUCAUUUCUUUGUCAUGCUCCAGCAUAGAGGCUCCACAGUCCAGUGUCCAAGCUACAUAGAACCACAAAAUCUAACAAGGGUCUCAGAAUUCUUCCUCACGGGACUCUCAGAUGAUCCAGAACUGCAGCCCCUUCUCUUUGGGCUGUUCCUGUCCAUGUAUCUGGUCACCGUGCUGGGGAACCUGCUCAUCAUCCUGGUUGUCAGCUGGGACUCCCACCUCCACACCCCCAUGUACUUCUUCCUUUCCAGCCUGUCCUUGGCUGACAUCGGUUUCACUUCUACCACAACGCCCAGGAUGAUCGUGGACAUCCAAGUUCAGAGCAGAGCCAUCUCCUAUAUGGGUUGCCUGACUCAGAUGUCCUUUUUGAUUCUUUUUGGAUGUAUGGAUGGUAUGCUUCUGACUGUGAUGGCGUAUGACCGGUUUGUGGCCAUCUGUCACCCUCUACGCUACUCAGUCAUCAUGAACCCCCACCUCUGUGGCUUCUUAGUUUUGUUGUCUUUUUUUGUUAGCCUUUUGGACUCCCAGCUGCACAAUUUGAUUGUGUUACAACUUACCUGCUUCAAGGAUAUGGAAAUUUCUAAUUUUUUCUGUGACCCUUCUCAACUCCUGAAUCUUGCCUGUCCUGACACUUUCACCAAUAACAUAGUCAUGUAUUUUGUUGGUGCCAUCUCUGGCUUUCUCCCCAUCUCAGGGAUCUUUUUCUCUUACUAUAAAAUUGUUUCCUCCAUUCUGAGAGUCCCAUCCACAGGUGGGAAGUACAAAGCCUUCUCCACCUGUGGCUCCCACAUGUCAGUUGUUUGCUUAUUUUAUGGAACUGCUAUUGGAGUGUACCUUGGAUCAGCAUUGUGGCCUUCCCCCAGGAAGGAUAUGGUGGCCUCGGUUGUGUAUACCCUAGUCACUCCCAUGCUGAACCCCUUCAUUUACAGCCUGAGAAACAGGGACAUCAAGAGUGCCCUAUGGAGGUUCCUCAGAAGAACAGGCUAA